AUGACGCCUAAAGGAAAAGGCAAAGAAGCAGCUCCUGGGACCCAAAGGGAGCUUCCUGUGGAGCUGCCCACAUGGCACGGGAGGGAGGGAGCCCGGCCGCAGCUGCAGCUGGUCCCGGCGGCGGAGCGGCGGCGGCGGGUUGGCCUGGGCAGCGGGCGCGGGGGCCUGGGCGGCGGGCGGCUGGGAACGGAGGCUGGGGGCGGGCGGCGGGCGGCCUCGGCCCCUCGCGGCGGUCAGGGAGGGCUGUGCCCCCGCUCCAGGGCAGUCCCGGGGAGGAUGCAGCCUGGGCCCCGGGGCGGGGUGGGCGGCGGCAGCUGCAGCGGUAGCCACUCCCCCGGGGCGCCUGCGGCCCUGCCGGCGGCCGCGUCGCUCCCGCUGCAGCUGCUCGCGGGACUCGCCAGGCCCUGCCCGCGGGGUCCCGGCUACUCACGCUCUGGUCCCGCCUGUGGCACCACUGGUGACCAUUCUCCGUGCAGCCCCGGAGGCUGCACACGGGCCCCCCCCAGGACACGCCCGCGGAGCUCAGGCCCUUUGGCCAUGGACGUGGAGACCACGCUGCGUGCCCGGCCGUGGCGAGGUGGGAAGAUGGCCUGGGUGCCCGAGAUGGACGAGGUGAUCGAGUCCGGGCUGGUGCACAUCUUCGCCGCCAGCCUCUUGGGCAGUGUGCAGGAUCUGGGCGCCGGUGCCUACAGCAUGAGCGAUGUGUUGGCAUUGCCCAUUUUCAAACGGGAAGAUUCCAGCCUUCCACUGGAUGGUGAAACUGAACACGCACCCUUUCAGUAGGUGAUGUGUGCUGCAACAUCACCAGCAAUAAAGCUGCAUGAUGAAACACUCAUUUCAGCCAAGGUCAGUCUUAGGAAAUUUGGAUGCUGGAUAAUGAAAAAGUGGUACAGUUCCCAGAAGCAGACUUUGUUGUCUUUUUACACUUAUGCAGUUUGGAAAUGAAUGUAAAGACUUACAGUGGGCACUUCUCUUUCUGUGCCCGUUUGGCUUUUAUUGUCUGAACUUCAUGCUGACUUGGGGCAGGGGUUGGGACAGCGCUACUGCAGAGCCCAAUGAGAUCUGUCUGUGGGGAGCUGCGCUGUGCUGAAGUGUCACACAGUGGUCAGGAAAGAGAGGCACUGCACCUUCUCGGAGGAAGGCAUGUCUACAGGUGCACAUCUGAUGCGAUCAUGCCAGUUGGGGGAAGAUCCAAGCCAGAAAGGCAGACCCCUUCCAUCUUCUCUCCAAAGUCAAGACCACAUCAUCUUCUGCUCGGAAGGCGCAGGUACUCCCUUUGACGUUAUUGCCUCUGAUCAACACAAGACAGCAGAGAGCACCUGAAAAGUCAUCCGCUUCCUGCCCUGCUCCCUUCCUCUCUGUCUCUGAAGUACCAAGGCCCUGGCAUGAGUCACUGGAGGGAACAGCAGAGGCGAAGGAGGCCCACCUGGAUCCUGAGAGGCCUGAGGGCAUGGGCUGAUAUUGGGGUGAGUUGGGCUGGGGGACAGGCUUUGGUUGGGACUUGUGAAUGCACCUUGGCCAAAAAGUAUUCAUGAAAAAUGUUAAAUGACACCAUGUAUCCCCAUGAACUCACCCUAUUUCACAUGAAAUGUUUCACAGCUUGGUGAGAAUUAAAGUUCUUUGUUGUGUUCAAAAUUGAAUGAGCUGCCAGUUGAGGAUCUAGACAAGCAUGAAAGGGAAAUUAAACUUCCAGCACAAAGAGAAACUGAUGUCACAAAACAGGGGAUAUUGUUCGUAAGAAAUGGGAAGUUGUAGCCUGGGGCAGUUUGCCUGUGGGCCCAAUUUGGUUGUGCUGAGAGGAGAUCCAUGGGCCCUAGGGGAAGUUCUGAACCCUAGAGGGCCAAGCGGUCCUUGGAGAGUCAGCUUGACCUGGAGAUGAAAUCCACAUCUGGAAUGCAUCACCACCCUCCUGAGAUAGUCAGUGAACCCAGAUGGGUGGGUUUGGCACAUAGGAGCAGAGAGGAGAGCAAAAAGGAGGGCGCCAUGUCAGAGGGCUCAUUCAUCAGCCAAUCUUUCCUAGGGGAAAGCAUAAGGAUGUAUCUCAUAUUUUAUAUUUACUAUCUCCAGUGUGAAUACACACACAUGCACACAUAUAAUGAUGCCUUUUUUAUUUUGUGGCUCCUGUCAAUUUCCUUUGCAAUUAAUGUUAUGUCUAUGUAUGUAUAUUACAUUGCUAUAAUAAAAUGGUGCAGUAAAAAUAACAUUUUUAUAAGUCUGAA